GCGAAAACCCUGGGUAACAAGGGCGGAUUAGUGGGAAAGGCAGCCAAUCGUAAGUGACUACAAAUUACGUCAUUUUUAUGUCGUCGUAUCGCAAGAAAAAUUCAACUCAACGUAACAGUCGCAAGCGCUCGUUUUGGACUCUGGAUGGAGUUCAACGUCGUAAGUUCAACUUUCGUAAGCGGCUGAAAAUUGCUUGUUUAUCUGCGGCCCAACACGAUCAACGCAAACGUCGUUGACGUGUUGACGUCGGCAUUAUUUCAACUUUGCGUAAAGCCUGGUUUCCUGUCGACGUAAAGAUCAGAAUUUCUUACGUUUCAUACGUUUCUUACGAUUCUUACGACAAGUUGAAAUAAUGUCGACGUCAACGACGUUUGCGUUGAUCAUUUUCAUAUUUUAUUUCAAACCAGGAAAUAAAUACGCAAGUGUUUCCGUGGCUCAGAUAAAACAAGGUCGGCUAGACGAAGAAAACGACGACUUUGCAGUAAAGGUGUUGGCCGUAGUGUAAAGAUAAAGUUCUCCUCGUUUCACAGAGAAGUGUCCCAAUAGGGGUGUCCUAAAGGAAGGGCUCUACUUUAUCGAUAAUGGAACAAGCCUAUAGUGACCAUGGAGGAAAUAAAGAAUGGCUGAAAGUAAUCUAUGUCAAUUCUUCGAAGACCUAGAAGGAAAGUUUUUGGAAUGUGCAAUUUGUUCUAGAAGACUUCAACAACCAACAACAUUGCCAUGCCUCCAUGCCUUCUGUUUGGUAUGUCUUCAGAAUGUGUUUAAACAAAAGGAAGAACUGGCCUGCCCUACCUGCUUUCAGACAUACAGAAUUCCAGAGGAAGAACUCCAAAAUCUUCCGCCAAAUACAUUUAUAAUAAAUUUACUGAAAUCUGGUAUACAAGUGGAGAAAGAAGGCAAGGUACGGUGCGUGUGUGGUAAAAAUAAUGCCAAUUUUCACUGUCAAGAUUGUGUGAAGUAUUUUUGCUGUUCUUGCAAAGAGCAACAUGAAAUAUUUCCUCAAUUAACGUAUCAUAUUAUUCGUCCAAGUGAUGAUACAAACAAUUCAGUGACAUGUCUUGAGCUUUCACUGAAUGACCGCGUUUGUUCACUCCACAAAAACAAGGUUUUAGAGUGUUAUUGCCAGGUUUGUAAAACUCCGAUUUGCACAAGCUGUGCUAUUACAGAUCACAAGGAACACCAAUUUAUUGACAUUUCUGAUGCUUUCAAAAUCUUCAUGAAAACUACAGUUCAUGCUAAGCGAGAUUUGGAAGAAUUCAGAACAUCGGUAAAGAGUAGCUGGGAAAAAGUUCAGCAGAAUGCCAUACAACUUGAGAAAAACAACGUGAAAUGUAAGACUGAUAUCAAUACAUUUGCUGCCGAAAUGAAAAACAUGAUCAACGAAAUGGAAAAAAGAUUACUUAAAGAUCUUGAUGUGUUGUACACUAAAAAGAAAAAGACUAACAGCAGUCAAAUUGAUAAGCUAACUGCAAUCUUAUCUGAUAUGAACAUAAAAUGGAAUUUCAUGUCGCAGUUAUUAACAAGUGAAAAACCAACUGUUUUGUUAUCAAGUCAUGAGGCAGUGAUGGCACUUCAAGAAAAAAUGAUGGAGUUGGCAAAAAAUAUUGAUCCAAAAGAGAAUGGAGAGUUACAUUUUAUUCAGGAAAACGAGUUUUUAAAGAACAUUGGACGUAUUGUAGAACACCCAAUAGCUGAUACCAAGUUCACCAUAGAUUCGUUGACUGUUACACAGGGACAGACGUUUGAUGUUAAAUUAAAUAAAGGUGCCAAAAUUGACGAUAUUGCUAGCAAUAUUACAGCGACUUUGACACAAGUAAUCGAAGAAACGUCUACUAUUAGCCCUAAAGUAGAGCAACAAAGUAAUGGAGAAUGUAUUAUUACAGCGAUGUGUUCCAGUCCUGGUGUUUGGAAACUAGAUGUCACUUUAAAUGAAGAACCAAUCAAAGGCUCUCCGCUCAUCAUAAAUGUAGAGCGCCGAUCAUUGGAAGACACUAUUGAGAUUAAUAAAAUGGUAACAGAUAUUGCAAUAUUUGAAGACAGAUAUCUGUUAAUCUGUUUUCUGUCAAGUCAGAUGCUUAAAAUAGAACAAUCAACAAAUGUAAAAAGUAUAAUAAAUAUCUCACAAAAUGCUAGUGUUCAUAGAGUGUACCAAUUAAAAACGAGUGGCCACAUUGUGUUUAGCGACACAGCUAACAAGUGCAUACACAUCUGCAAACCAGAUGGUAACAUGAUAAAAUCAAUCGGUAAAAAUUUGAUGAUGUAUCCAUGUGGUUUAGAUGUUAAUGAAAGCACCAAUACUGUUUAUGUUGCAGAUUUUUUAAAAGAUUGCAUAUUUACCGUCAAUUUAGUUAAUGAUCAACAAAUUAGCAUAAUUGGAGUUAAAGGCAGUGAAAAUGGCCAAUUUAGUAGCCCAAAGGAUGUUACCAUAACAAAGGAGGGUAAUCUUAUUGUAGCGGACACAUGGAAUCACAGAAUACAAAUGUUCGACAGUGAAGGUUCAUUCAUUAAAGUUUUAGUACAACAAGGCAAUGAAGAUGGUAAUGUGAUAUUUCCAUGUGCCGUAUUAGUAGAUCACGAUGAAAACAUAAUUGUGGCAAGUGAACAUAAACUUCAGCUUUUUACAAAAAUGGGAGAAUUUGUUAAGAGAAUUGACAGACAAAAUGACGGGGUAAAGAAUCCUCAGGGAUUGUGCAUGGCAUCUCAGAACCCAAGAAGAGUUGCUGUGACAAAUCUGGGGUACGAAAAUGUAAAAAUAUUUAACUACUAAUGUAAGAAUUGUUUGCGUACUAAGGAAUUAUUUAACUAUGUUUAUUUAUGAUUCUACAGUUAAGAUAUAACAUAUAUUUAUUUUACAAUAAAGUUGACCUGUAUCUUGUAAAAAUAACCAACAUUUAGAGAAAACAGCCGUAAUAUUUAUGAGGCAUAGUGAGAUGACAUACUGUAUACGGUACGGUAUUAGGUCGGACAUCCUGGAUAACGUUACAAGCCAACUUUCACAUUGGACGGGAGACUCAGUCGUUGGAUUUAAGUCUCGACUAAACAACAAUCCAUCCAAAAAUUGUGGUUUUUCCGUCCAAUGUGAAAGCUGGCAUAAAACAACAUACAAAUUUAACCAGUGCAAACAGUGUAAAGCUCGUUAGAUAGUUUUAAAACCAUAUUCAUAGAGGGUGACCCUUCUAGCGUUUCAUAGAAGGUCGCCUGAUAUUCAGGGCCCCUCUUAAAUAAAUGAAAUAAUGUGAUGCUUUUAUUAGCAAAAUGUCUAUGCUUUAUGAGUCUUGGGAGUGGAAUUGAUUUUACUCGUGAGAAAAAGUCCUACUGUUACAGGAAUUGAACCCAAAACCUUGGUCUGAGAAUGCAAGCAUCUUCUAAGCUAUUCAAGUCUAUAUUUCAAAGAUACCGUAAAACCUCGAAUAGAAAACCUGUGGUUCUUUUUUAGGACCACUGGAUGGGUUUGAAUAAUAAAAGUACUACAUCGAAAAGAAGCCUAUACUAUCUUAAUUAGAAGGCCAUGUUUUUCUUUCUGAGAUGGGAUUCUUUUUUAAAUUACUUUAGCAAAGAGGGGGCGUCUACAUCUCUCUUGCCGGCUAACACUGGUACACAUCCAUUAUGCAAUUUCGUUUUUCGUUUAACUGGCAUGUCGUAUAUUCUUUAUAUGAUUAUCUGCACAGCCUUUGUUUUUAAUACGACACUGUUAACUAUUAUUUUGUGUUGAUUCCUAUUGUUUAGUAGGCCUAAUACACUCUUUUCCGAAGGCCUAUAGAGUAUCAACUAAGUAAGUCUCAUCAAAACAUUUUAAAAUAAAAAUUCAUUUUUUUUAAAUCUUGUAAUGUAUCAUAAAUAAUUGUUGAUGAGGAAUCUGCCGGAUUGAAAAAUGUCGUCUCAAACACAGGCACUCCAUCUUAGGUCAUCAUAUAAGUUUUUUUUAACUUCAGUUUCUUCCAUUUCUUCCUACUUAUUUAGAAGACAUGAAUUGUGUAAUUGUAUUUUGUUUAUUUCCAGAAACAAAUGUUUAUUGUAGUGUAUUGUAUUAUUUUUAAAGCAAAUUGCAGCAUCACUGUUUUUAUAAAAUGUUUUCUAAAAGGUAUGAUUGCGAGACGUUGCAGGUUUGAAUCGUUCAAUAACCGAACAUUUUAUUGAAUAUCUAUGCUUGAUACGAUUAUAGCAUUUUGUUCCUAUUCGAGCACUGUUAUUAUUUGUCUAUUUGUUUGUUUUGCGUUUACAUUGCUACGCAGCAAACCUAAUUUCAAAAUUAUUUGCAGUAUUAUGAGUUUUCCAAGCUGUGAACUAUGGGUUUAGCCAUAGCUCCACUACAAUAUGUGAGCGUUUCAGUCAGUGGUAUGA